UAAAGCUUCUGAGUGUAAAGCUUUUUGAGUAGUUGUUCAGAGUAGGGUUAUGCAGGUUUUUUUUUUUUAAAUAGGUGUAUAUUGGCUGUAUUUGGGCUACUAACCAGAAGAGAGGAAUUUGAUCUAAUUAAGUAAAAUGGUAAGCGAGCAUUGAAUAUCCCUUUCCCCUCUCCAAGAUGAAUGCUUGGUUCGGGACCUGCUUUGCAGCUUUUCUGUUGCCUGUGUCAUAUGGUGCACCAAUAUCCAUGGCUUGGUGUUAUCACAUGCCAUCAUGUAGUGAUGUUGCUUGGCCCAUAAUCGCAGAAAAAGACUGUAAUGGAGCUCAACAGUCUCCUAUAAACAUCAUAACCACCAAUGUCAAGGCUAAUGCUAAUCUGACCUCUUUCAUCUUCACUGGCUAUGAUGACGACACAACCUUGACUGAGAUCAAAAACACUGGCACGACAAUUAAAGUUACACUAGAUCACAACAAAAUGCAUGUGGAAGGAGGUGAUCUGCCAGGCUUGUUUGCCAGUACGCAGUUUCAUCUUCACUGGGGUAAUGGUAGUUUCAUGGCUGGAUCUGAACACACUGUGGAUGGAAAACAAUACCCUAUGGAGAUGCACAUAGUGAAUGAGUUCGUACAUAAUGGUUCAACUAUAUUGGCUGCUCUUGGUUUCUUCAUUGAGGCCACUUAUGACACUGGCAAACCAGAGAGCUGGAAGACCUUAACAUCUUACCUGUCAGAUAUCGCCAAUGCAGGUGAUAAAGCAUGCAUCACUCCAUAUAUCUCUAUGGAUGAUCUGCUUCCUGGAGUGGACAGGACUAAAUAUUACCGUUAUCUUGGCUCUUUGACCACACCAAACUGCAAUGAAGGUGUGAUUUGGACCAUCUUUAAAGACCCCAUCAAAGUCAGUUGGGAUUUGAUUGACCUGUUCAGUACGAGCGUUUACAUCAACAAGGCAACCAACUCUCCCCUAAUGGUGGACACGUUCAGGGGUGUUCAACCGGUCAACGGCAGGAUCGUGAUGUCACAGGUGGCUGGUACCAGAGCUACUGGUCCUAUUUCCCAAACGGCAUCUAGUUGGAAUGUUCUAGACCUCUCUUGUGAUUGUCAAACCCCUGAACCUUACACCGAGUUUGAUUUAGGAAAUGCAUACUGGUAGAAUUCGAGUGGGAGGGCUGACAAUUAUGCUAAGUUUUGUUUUUUGUGUUGUACAUUUUAACAUUGUGGAAAAAUAACCAUUUAAUAAUGAUACUUGUUCCGGAUCUUUCAGGCAUAAAGCCAGAUGCUGCUCUUUAAUGAAGUGUUAUGGUAUCGUGCUAGUUCAUGUAUGCAUUCAUCUUAAUUCCAUUCCAACACUACUUGAGCUCAAUUACCUUUUCAUGGGUAUGUAUAAACUAAUUUUGUUGGUGGGGUGUUUUUGAAACGCAUGUUUAUGUAGUUGAGUUUUUGAAAGUCUAGAUUUUACUCAAACACUUGGCAUCUCUUAAUACUGUUAUCAAUUAUGCACAAUACCUUUAACUACAGUACAAAUCUAAACGCUUCGUUUGAGUCCUCAUGUAAGCGUAAACCGGAGCUAAAGCUGUAUUAUCUUGUUAGUUUGGCAAUCCUAGUAAUGCAAAGAUUUGUAGGCUUCUCAAUGAUUUAGCAGAUGUAGUUUUAACUCAUUCAGUAGGGUUCUUUUUCUAUCCCCCCCACCCCACCACCUCCCGCAGGAAUCGCAGCUCUGGAGUAUCACUUUGGUUUAGCAUUAAUAUGUAUAGUAUAUGAACAAGUGGUUUGGUGUUCUUUAAAUGGUAUAGUCUUAUUUUGUCUCCUCCCCAAUGUGUAACUGUUUGUCAAAACACUUGUGCUUUGGUUCAGCAAGUCCAUAAACAUUUGAUGUUUUGGACAUUAUUUUAAUGUAUGUCACAAAAUAAAUAAAGGCCUGUCUUAUUCUUAGUCAA